AGGCGCGCAGGGCCGCUGGUUCGAGUCCGGAGCGGGGACGGACGGGUCGGGAGAUGCCGACGGAGUCGGGAAUGCCGCAGCCGGCCGGGGAGGGAAUCCCGCAGCCGGCCGCAGACAGCGAGCCGGAGGUGUUUGAGACUGUGCUGCCAAUCACUGUCUUUGUGCUGAGCGAUGAAGAUUUUCUCCAGGAUGAUGAUAAGAACCCGGAAAUGUCCAUUCCCGAGGUGGAGCAGGAGUUUAAAUUAAACAACAGCCUUUGCCUAAAAAAUAAAGUGGAACAUUCAAACGACAGUAGCAGUGUAGGCAAUUGGGAUGCAAACAGGACUGUUUCAAAUGAAGACAAUUGUAUCAAAUACUCUGAGGAUAAAUGUUUUGCUGAGAGUGUGUGUAAUACAUCAAAAUUAUCUUCAAGUGAUGGAUGUGAUGCAGGCACGGAUAAAUACGGUCAAAAUUGCAUGUUACCUACAUCAUCUUGCAAAACAGAGCUUCCAGAGGUCAUCAAAUACAGCGAUGGAGAAUAUUGUGGUGGUAAUGAUGGCUUUCAGAAGAUUCCUCCUCUCCUGUCCUCUGCUGGCAGUGACAGAGCUGACACUGUCGAGACGAGCAGAUCAUGUACGUUGGUAGUGGUACCCAAACAUGAAGAGGAACCUGUCAAUGUUGCAGCUGUUCCUUUUGAUGGCUCUCCACAGAAACAACCAGAAAUCCACAAGGAAUUUGAGAUAAUUGUUAAAAUGGAAGAUCCUGAUGCCCCAAAGAAUGGAGAUAAUGAAAUUGAUAACAGGAAAAUAAGCAAAUUUGAAGAUGAAACUCUGAGUUCUCUUUCAGAACACGGCUUGAAAGAAGAGAAAUUUACCUAUAAUUGUUCUGAUCCAUUUCUUAAUGGAUGUUCUCCUACUUUUAAAGAACUUCUAGAAGAUGUAGGGAAACCUGAGAUGAAUGCUUUCACUUCUGCUGAAUCAAAUACUACUGGAGAGCAUAUUUACAAGAUGUUAACACCAUUCCCUAAGAAAAGAUACCAGCAACAAAAAGUUGUUUCUUCUCAUGCAAGCCUAAAAGAGUUCCAGAGCCAGCAAGAAGGUUUAACGUGGCUGAAUGAUAGUGUGACCAUCACACCUCUUCCUAAAACAUCUUCUUCUACAAAGGAGAAUGAAAGAUGGAGUUUCAAGUGCAGGUUUUGUAGUUCUGUGUAUAAAUGCAGUGUGCACCUGAAGAAACAUAUUUAUUCAGCUCAUAAAGAUAAAAGAAUACAUAAGUGCUGCUUUUGUAAAAGAACUUUUUUCUUUUCUUUCAAUCUUAAGAAUCACCUUAAAUUUCAUAAGAAGAUUGCUAGGUUGCAAAAGGCAAGAAAAAAUAGAAUAAAUGCAAGAAAAGGGAGGCAGAAAGGAUCUGAAGAACAAGAAUCUGAGACCAAGAAAAAAGAAAGUAAAUACAAGAAAUUUUUCAUUAAAAUUGAAAGGGACUGUACACGUCUGGAUGUGCCAGUUAGCUUUACCUGCAGAAUUUGUUUCUUUGCUUCAUCAAAUCCUAGGAGUUUUAUUCAUCACAUGAAGGGACACAAGGAGAGACCACCUUACCAGUGUCCUCAGUGUGAUUACUCCUGCAGCAGCUUAUCCUACCUGUUAAAUCACAUGUACUGGCAUGCUGGCUACAAGCUCUACCAGUGCAGGUUCUGCACCUUUUUUUCAUUGUAUUUUGCAAGCAUGGUGAGGCACAGCCAUGUCCACACAGGGGAUAAACCAUAUUCCUGUGAGCUCUGCCAGGCAGCAUUCACCAGCACCUCAGGGUUGGAGAGACACAGGAGGAUACAUGCAGGGACAGAAACAUGCCAAGGACAGCAACCCAACUGCCUGAGUGGGAGAAAGAGAACUGAAAGACCUCUAAAGAACUACACAUGUGAUGAAUGUAACCUGGUAUUCUACACUAAAGGACAUCUCAGCUUUCACAAGAAAUUUCAUGAACAGUUAAAGGCUAAUGGUUAUACAAGUCAGAGCAAUAAGUACUGUAAAAGCAAAAUAUGCAAAGCUGAUAGUGAUUCUCAGGGCCACGUUUCUCACUCUCUUUUUGGUAGAGAAAAUGAUUGUGUGGGUGGGGGAAUCCUGGAUUCAGAAGUAGAGUUUGAGCAAGGAGGUGAUGUGUGGGUCAAUAAGAAAAUACGCCCUGGAAAGAAAUUCCUUGAAAACAGCCAUGGAAGCAACAGCCUGGCUGUUACAGGGAAUAGAUCAGAAGUUCCUCGGACUUCUUACCAAAUGGAUGCUGCCACUUACAAAGAGGAACCUUUCUUCAAAUCAGAAGCCUCUCAAGGCUUCUCUGCCAGAGAUGUGCAAGAUGAUCAUUCAUAUCAUAACUUUGUGGAAAACUUGGAUGCAUGUCCUUCCAGUUUAAAUCCAUUCCAAACAUACAGGUGCCAGCACUGCAGUUAUGUUACUGCUGUUCCUAACAACUUCAGGCUGCACUUAAAGUUACAUACAGAUGAAAGACCAUUUGUGUGUAAAGAGUGCAAUGAGGCAUUUAAAACUUCAAACCAUUUGCAGAAACACAGCCUUCUUCAUGUGAAAAAUGGACAGGAGUUUGGAAGUUGCCUCUUUGUUGAGAGGUGUUUAGAGAAUCUUGAAUUGCAUCGUGAAAUCCACGGAGGCACAUAUCCAGAAAGGGAUUUUGAUUCCUGCAGAGGCUCAAACAGCUCCUUGCUUGGUUCAGAAGUCUGUGGAGUUCAGCGAGGUGUUCAGAGGGGCACAGCAAACGAUGUGCAAGCACAAAUUCAGCCACCAUUCUAUCAGUGUGCAGAGUGCAACUACGCUACUAGCAUUUUAAGCAACCUGGAACUCCACAUCAGAACUCACACAGGUGAGAAGCCCUACAGCUGCACCAUUUGUCAGAAGAAGUUCCGUACUUCCAGUCACCUGAAAAGGCACAGACUCACACAUUUGAACACGGGGCAUUUCAAGUGCACAGGCUGUGACUACUCAACCAACAAAUGGCUGUCCUUGAAACGGCACCUGGCUUCACACACUGGGGAGGGAAGCACCUCUCCUGGCUGCUUCUAUGAGCACAAGGAGCUGCCUGUCAAGACAUACAGGUGUGAGGAGUGUGGCUAUUGCACAGCCCACAACGGGAACCUGAAGCUCCACCUGAGGAUCCACACGGGAGAGAAGCCGUUCCAGUGCGGGCAGUGCUCCCUGGCCUUCCGCACCUCCAGCCACCUCAAGCGCCACUUGCUGACUCACCUCAAGCUGCAGUGCAGGAAGUGCAGAUACUCCACGGUGGAUAAACACGCUUUCCAAAAGCACAUAAAAACGCACAAAAAGAAGUAUAAGUGUGCAAAGUGUAAUGUGGUGCUGCCCACCAAAAAACUGCUGGAGAAGCAUAAGCGGCAGCACGAGGUUGGAAUGUGAGGUUGAGAAUUGGAAGUUGGUGCUUGGUUCUGGAGGGGUUUGCAUGUCCUGACGUUCUUCAUGACUUUACGUUCCUUUACUGUGCCCAGAACGAUGGCUGGUAAUGGAUGCCACCAGCAUUUUGGUCUAGAGAGUAAAACUUGGUUUUGCUGCAGGUGUUUUGCUGCAGGUGUUUCUGAGGACAUCAGUUCUAGCACAGGCUGUGCUGAAGAUCUUGGAGACACUUCUCAUUCUCCUGAGUAACUGCUUCAAUAGAGGUCAGUUAGGAUUUGGCCAGUGUUCAUCUGUGUUUAAACAGUUAUUCUGCACCACUUACUUUCUUGUAAAAAUUUAAUAAGAAAAAAUCUCUUUUCUAACUGAAAGAAUGUUUAAAGGGAGGGAAGGAAAGGCAUGUUAUAUUUUAUAGUAAUAACUUUUCAUAUAAAAAUUACCAGUGUAUUUGGAGGCUUAAUGCUACCUCCCAUCUGCUGAAAGUUGCCUCCUUUACUCCCAGGUGCUUUUGCAAUACUUGUAAGAGAAAAAAAUAGUAUCUCACAAAAUUACAGAAACAAAAUAUGUAUGUCAUCACUGGGUAAUUGUGACAUAAAAAUGUUUUCCAUAUGUCUGUAUGUAUAAGAUACUAAGCAGUUACUUUGUAUGUAGUUUUGAUAAUGUUUUGAGUAGUCUGACGGAAAUGGUAAUGUCCCAAAACAUAUAUUUUAUGAUACUGAGAAUCUUUAAAUCUUGAAUUUUAUGUGAAUGUCCAAUGUUAAUCUAGUAUGAAAUGCCUUACCUUUUCUCAGGUUGGUAGUUACUGUGUUGUUUGUUAAAAUAGAUGACACACUUUUCAAAUAACUUCUGUUAAUAACCUGCCGAUAAUUGUGAAUGCUCUUUAGUUACAUUGAAAAUCUUAGCAGUAUCUGAAACUGCUUAUUUUGUUUAAUAACUUUACUGUUAGUCUAAAAUACCAUGUGUAAGAACUACUGUACUAUGCAGCAGUUGGUGCAGGGUAUGAUGAACCCAGAUAGAUGCUGCUUCCAAUUUAUAUUCAAAUCUAGACAAAUCUUGUGUUUGUUUUACUGUUUCACAGUGCUAGGAACUGUGGUAAGUGGUUUUGGUAAGUGUGUUAUCCCCUUGUGUGAGGAAAGACAACAGCAAAGGGCUGGUGCAAACUGAGCUACAGCUCACUCCAUGGAGCAGCAGAACAAACCUGUGGUUUAAUUUAGAGAAUGUAAAUGUGGAACUCAGUGGUUUUUUUACUGCUCCUGGAUGUGUGCCCUUCUGUAGGAACGCAGAUAAUGUCUUUUAGAGGCUUUCUGGUAUCGUCAGAGACAGGUUGGGAAGGGCUGCCCAGGGAGGGAAUGGAGUUCCCCUCUUUGGCGAUAUUUAAAAGCCAUCUGCAUGUGAUCCUGAAGAAUGAGCUCUGGGUGGCCCUGCCUGAGCAGGGGCUUGUUUUCCGGAACUCCUGUGGCCAUUCUGCCAUUUGGAACACAAUUUUCCAAGAAUGUAUUGAAACUCAUGGAUGUAUUUAAGGCCAGAUCACCAAAGAUAUUCAAGUGAUCCAGUUCUUCACAGCUUCAGUAAAGUCACUUCAGUAAAUAUCUGUGUCUGAACUAUGAUGGUUAGAGGUGGGUGAUUCAGCUCUUGAAGCCACCUGAUCCCAUUGUGAGAAAGAAGGAUGUUAGCCUGUAUGAAGAAAGAAAAGCAUUUCUGGUAAAUAUUAAUGGUUACUCAAGCUUGGAGGAGUUUUUCCCUGCGUUACUGUACAAUUCUGGUAAUUUUUUUGAAAAGAACAGGUACAAAGAGGAAACAAAAAUUAAAGAAUUGUAAGCCUCUAUAUCAGAUGAGACUAGUAAGGCUAAAUAUGAUAGAGAACAGUUGUUUAAAAAUAUGGUGUACAAUGAUGAUGAAGGGAGCCUGGUUUAGAGGGAGAAAUAAACUGCAGUAAAUUUUUGAGUUUGUAAAUACAAGUUUCUUCAAGUUGUAAGUAAGAACAAGAAGGUAUUUUCAGUUGGAGCUUGAUGAUUUUGUAAAAAUAGUUAUUACUGGUCACUGCCUCUAAUAAAAAUAAACAGUUUAAUGACUCCUGA